GAUAUAUUUAGCGACUGUUUAUCAUAUAUGAAUAUAUAUAUAUACCGACUGAUUGUUUAUCUUGUGCAGUGAGGUCCUACUACAAAGAACCGCCAUGUAUCUAUGAUCAUUGUUACUUCGCUCUUUCCAUACUCACACAGGUACCUUAAAAGCGUGAAUGUGAUGGUGCAAAAGGCCGAUCUGAUCAACUCUUUUACCAAGGCUCUCACUACCAACCAGCAGUCCACAGAGACUCUCCCCACAGAGUAUGCGGAAGCGUGUCUGGACAUCGAUCGACCGCAUAUACAGAUAUUUGCAAUUCUGAUGUAUUUGAGGAACAAUAAUCGAGUCGGCCUCGAGAUCUUCAAUACAUUUCAAGUUAUCGAGGAUACCGUUAGAGGCUCGACAAAGGAAGGACCAACCGAUUUGGAAAAGGGGCAGGACCAGAGCCAGGCGGAUGUGGCCAUGAGUGUCAUGGCGCUAGCGCCUGACAGACAUGAACGAUGA